AUGGAGAAAGAGCUAAAGCUUACUUUUCUGCCUGAUUUGAAUGUCUUAGUAGCGAAGAUGGUGAGAGUUAGUGUGUUGAAUGAUGCUCUCAAGUGCAUGUACAAUGCAGAGAAGCGGGGAAAGCGUCAAGUCAUGAUUAGACCAUCCUCUAAAGUGAUUAUCAAGUUUCUUCUAGUGAUGCAGAAGCAUGGAUACAUUGGAGAGUUUGAGUAUGUUGAUGAUCACAGGUCUGGGAAAAUCGUGGUUGAACUGAAUGGGAGACUGAACAAAUGUGGUGUCAUCAGUCCUCGUUUUGAUGUGGGUGUCAAAGAGAUCGAGGGAUGGACUGCAAGACUGCUCCCCUCAAGACAGUUUGGAUACAUUGUGCUGACUACUUCUGCUGGCAUCAUGGACCACGAGGAGGCUAGGAGAAAGAGUGUUGGAGGGAAAGUUCUUGGUUUCUUUUAUUAGGCUGUCUGUUUUGGAGAUGAAUUCAAUUUUUAAGCUUAUUCGGAGUUUGUUGGUGCACAUUUGAACUUGUUUGCAGCGGGAAUAGUUCUAUGUUUGUUUAAUUCUGGUUUUCUUCAAAGGCGAGAAGAGUUUGUUACCUGCACUUUUUUAAACAGUAAUUGUUUUUUAAGUCUUAAUUUUGGGAAAAAGAGCAGUUAAUGUUUGUUUUUCUAGGAUUGAGGAUGAAAAGCAUUGGGCUUGGAUUGCUUCUCAGUUCUCUUUUGGUAGUAGGACAUGCGUGUUUGUUUCUAUCUGCAAGCUUAGAUAUAAAUGUCAAUUGUAUGAGCUUGAACUCGAACUCUGGUAAUACUCUGGAUUGUUUUGUUUAGUGUUAGUUUCGAUAAUCGACCACUGAAAUUUUGCCUAAAGCUCCCUUGCUUUUAUACAGAACAAGC